AUGUUGCAUCGCAACGCCUUGAUGAGGAUUGUAGGCGGAGGUCGCAGGAGUCCUCCUGAGCCAGACUUGCCUGCAUACACAGCGCCUCCAAGCUAUACCACAGAUGCGCGGGUACAACAGGGAGAGGACGACCGUGUCACAAUUGUCGGUGAGAGUUCGUCGAGGUCGGAGACCCCGACGGUGGAAGAUUCGCCUCCACCCGUCGACCAGCUUCUACACGCCGAGCCUAGUUCGACAGAACUUGGUGAUGCGGAUCGCUCCGCGGAGACACUGCCCUCUGAGGAGGUCGUGCUGAGCUGGGAGCCAGACACUGACCCCGACGCAGCAUCCACAAGCACCAUCUCUUUACCGGGGCAUGACUCGGCGUCGAGCGUCCAUCGACCUCGCGCACCUGGCACGCUCGCAGAUGAGCCAUUCGGCGCUCCACCUGGGUAUAGCACCUCAAGGACCCCGACAGCGACUCUGGUGUACACCUUUUCCCCGCACUCGUUCAACUCGAUGCUCCUCCUUCCUCCUCCAGAUGCGGCAGACACCCGGCCACAGUACCACAUAGCCAUCCACCUGAACUGUUUCAUACCGUCGUCUUUCAUCACCAUCGUCCGGAGGGGCGCGACGGAGAACGGCCAGCAUGUCGGUGAAUUCGAGAUGGGGAUCUCGGAGAAGGCGAGCACGGUCACGAUCGGGCAGGACCGAAAAGCGAUGGCCGCCGUGUUCUCGAAGACGGGCAGCCACCUGAGCGGCGAGUUCCGCUAUCGGCACGCCGGCCGCGAGUUUUACUGGGACUGCAGGGGACCGCGCCACAAGUGUUUCCUGAUGAGCACCAGGCACGGGGUCGCUCCUCAGCCAUUGGCUGUAUACCACCGGCCAGGCGUUCCCCAUCCGCAGAGCAUACAGGCCAACGUCCAUCUCGGCCAGCUCCAGGUCCGGCCCGUGGGACAGGAGCACUUCGACUCGAUCGUGAUCUCCUUGCUCAUCGUCGAACGGAAGCGCCUAACGCCCUCGGGCAAGGCUUUUGGAAUCGUCUAG